UGUCGCCACUGUUGUCACCCUUUCAGGACAGCGACCUGAAGCAGUACUGGAUGCCCGACAGCCCGUGUAAGCAGUGCUAUGACUGCAACGAGAAGUUUACCACAUUCCGUCGGCGCCAUCACUGCAGGCUGUGCGGCCAGAUUUUUUGUAGUCGCUGCUGCAACCAGGAAAUACCUGGAAAGUUCAUGGGCUACACAGGAGACUUGCGAGCCUGUACGUACUGUCGAAAAAUAGCGCUCAACUACGCCUACUCAGCGGAGUCAGGCUCCAUCGGCGAGGACCUGAACGUCUUGUCUGACUCUUCAUGCUCUAUGUGUGUGUUGGAACCCAGCGAGCCGCGGACGCCCGUGGGCGGACGCAAGGCAAGCAGGAAUAUCUUCCUGGAGGAAGACCUCACCUGGCAGAGAAAAACUCCCAUUGGGAUGAGAAAAACCAUGAUCCAUCAAGAACCACAGAAGAGCAUUCUCCCUUCCAGACUCGCCACACUGCAAGAAGAUGUGGGUAAAUCUCCCACAAGGAAGAGGUGGGUCACGAGGAAGAGGUCUGCCAGUGUCUCUAACCUGUCUCUAGACCGCUCUGGAUCCAUGGUGCCGUCAUACGACAGCUCGGUCAGCCCCCCGACCACACGAGCCUUGUCGGGCGCCAAGAGUGUCACCAAAUUGGACCAUAGCGAGGAGGAGAGGAAGAACAUUUUGGACUCAUCGCAACUAAAGGACCUGUGGAAGAAAAUCUGCCACAACAACACAGGGAUGGAAUUCCAGGACCACAGGUACUGGCUGAGGACCUACUCCAACUGCAUUGUGGGAAAGGAGCUGGUCAAUUGGCUACUGAGGAACGGCACCAUCUUCAACAGGGCGCAGGCAAUCGCCAUCGGCCAGGCCUUGGUUGAUGGCCGCUGGUUGGACUGCAUCACGCACAACGACCAGCUGUUCAGAGACGAGUAUGCCCUUUACCGCCCUCUGCAAAGCACAGAGUUCUCAGAAACACCGUCUCCGGACAGUGACAGCGUUAACUCGGUGGAGGGGCAUUCUGAGCCAUCUUGGUUUAAGGACAUCAAGUUUGAUGACAGUGACACAGAGCAGCUUGCAGACGAAUCGGACUACAACAUAUCAAGCUCUGCCAACCUCAGCAAGAGGACGUCCGUCAGCAGCUCUCAGUCCGUGGUGGACAGCGACUCGGCUGCCUCCAUCAGCCUCAACAUGGAGCACAACAAUGUCAACUUCCACAUUAAGAAGCAGUCCAAGUAUCCCCAUGUGCCUCCCACUGCUGACCAGAAAGCUGAAUUUCUCAUGUCAGAGGAGGGAGGACAGAACAUCGUGAUCAGUGAUGCCUUCAUUAAAGAGUCCUUGUUCAACCGACGUGUGGAGGAGAAGGCGAAAGAGAUGUUGUUCACACCUCUCGGUUGGCACCACAGCUCGCUGGACCAGCUCAGAGAGGAGAACGGAGAGAAGAAGGCCAUGGAGAGGCUCCUGUCCGCCAAUCACAGUCACAUGAUGGCACUGCUGCAGCAGUUGCUCUACAGUGAGUCGCUGUCGCUUUCCUGGCGCGACAUCAUUGUGCCGGUCGUCCGCCAGGUGGUCCAGACAGUGCGGCCAGAUGUCCGGAACUGCGACGAUGACAUGGACAUCAGACAGUUGGUUCACAUUAAGAAGAUUCCUGGAGGGAGAAAGUUUGAUUCAACUGUGGUAAAUGGCUUUGUAUGCACCAAGAACAUUGCGCACAAAAAGAUGAAUUCCUAUAUUAAGAAUCCCAAGAUCCUCCUGCUGAAGUGCUCCAUUGAGUAUCUUUACAGGGAAGAAACCAAGUUUACUUGCAUUGAGCCCAUUGUGCUGCAGGAACGAGAGUUUUUAAAGAAUUAUGUUCAACGCAUAGUGGACGUCCGGCCAAACCUAGUACUGGUGGAGAAAACCGUGUCUCGUAUUGCUCAGGACAUGCUGCUGGAGCAUGGAAUCACCUUGGUGAUUAAUGUCAAACCGCAAGUGUUGGACAGAGUGAGUCGAAUGACCCAAGGUGACCUAGUGAUGUCCAUGGAUCAGCUCCUUACCAAGCCUCGGCUGGGCACCUGCCACAAGUUCUUUAUGCAGCCCUUCAACCUGGCCAACGAUGAUGUCAAGACGUUGAUGUUCUUUGAAGGCUGCGCUGCCCACCUGGGCUGCUCUAUCAAGCUGCGUGGCGCCUCCGAAUACGAGCUGGCCCGCGUGAAGGAGAUCAUCAUGAUGAUGGUGUGCGUGGCCUAUCACUCACAGCUGGAGAUCUCCUUCCUCAUGGAUGAGUUUGCCAUGCCACCCAGCUUGGCCCAAAGUGCCUCCUUCCCCUGCCUGCUGGAUGGCAUGUCCCCAAAGGGUGAGGCGAAUGCCGAGCAGACGGAUGAGGAGAGACACGACACAACUGUGAGAACUGAUGAUGAUGGUGCAACAUCUGGAAAUCCAGAGGAUGAGACAUUUCCCCGUGGAUUGGAAAUUAGCCAGGACCAUCCAAGGAGAUCUGCUUCCUCUCUCGAAAGUGAAGAAGGUGGAAUCAAAGAGACUAUGACUUCUUCACCUUUUUCCAGCCCUCCUGCUCCUCCUUUGUCGGUAUCUCCGCCCUUUCUAAUGGAAGAAGAUCAGCAGCUGACAGCGAACUCAUUCGGGAGGACAGCUGAUGAUGAAACAUCGGAGCGAGAAAACCAGGAAAAGGAAGAGAUGGAAAGCACUGAGGAUAAGGGCUCAGAAAUAUCGACACUCAGGUUGUUCCGAGACCCCCUGCAGGACGACACGGGCCUGUUUGUGGCAGAGCAGGUGACGUCGACCGAUGACCGCCUGAAGUCCAUCUCUGCCGUCUUCAAGCAGGAGCUGAAGGACAUCAUCUUGUGUAUCUCACCCUUCAUUACAUUUCGAGAACCGUUCCUCCUCACGACUGCUGGCAUGCACUGCCCCAGCAGGGAUUACUUUCCCGAAAAGGUUUACCAUUCCCCCCUCAUCAACAAGGACUUGAAAGAACUGGAUGGGCGCCGGAAGCGCCAGCUCCUCAAAGAUUCUGCGUCCUCCUCGCUGGUCGGCAGUCAGACAAACGGUGUCACUCCAUUGAAGCCCAUCGACGUCCUUCCGUGCCACGGCCUCACUAGCACCCGUAUCGUUGAGCAACUGAGCAGCAGCCAGGAUCUCGCUAAUAUGCUGGCAGAGUACAGAGCAAAGGGGGGGCGAAUUCGACACAGGGAAGCCAGUGACCCCUUCAAUACUGUCAGCGCAAUCGGUCUGGUGAACGGACACAACAGAACUGAGGAGACGCCCUCGCCAUCCAUCAAGGGCCCUGUGAAGGCCGACAGUGAAGAUGACAAACCAAGCAAGCAGAGUGAGAUGAGCUUGGCCCCUAAGAUGGACUGUCUAACGCCUGUCAAUCAUCAGCGACUGUGCGUGCUCUUCAGCAGCUCCUCGGCUCAGUCUAGCAACGCUCCAAACCCCUGCGUCAGCCCCUGGAUUGUCACCAUGGAGUUCUACGGAAAGAAUGACCUCUCACUUGGUGUAUUCUUGGAGAGAUACUGUUUCAGGUCGUCUUACCAGUGUCCCAGCAUAUUCUGUGAGACUCCCAUGGUGCACCACAUCCGCCGUUUUGUGCACGGCAACGGCUGUGUGCAGAUUGUGCUGAAAGAGCUCGACUCUCCUGUUCCCGGUUACCAGCACACCAUUCUCAAUUACUCCUGGUGCCGAAUCUGCAAACAGGUGACCCCUGUGGUGCCGCUGUCCAAUGACUCAUGGUCAAUGUCUUUUGCCAAAUACCUGGAGCUACACUUCUAUGGCCACCAGUACACUAGGCGGGCCAACGCUGAGCCCUGCGGGCACUCCAUCCACAAAGACUACCACCAGUACUUCUCCUACAACCAGAUGGUGGCCUCCUUCAGCUACACAUCUGUGAGGCUGUUGGAGAUCUGUCUUCCCCGUCCCAAAAUUUUGAUCAGGAACCUGGGGCCUUCCAAAGCUAUCUUACAGCAGGACCUUAAAGACUUUUCCCUCAAAGUGACGCAGGUCUACUUGGCCAUUGACGAUCGCCUCACUUCCUUGAAGACUGAGACCUUCAGUAAGACUCGAGAGGAGAAGAUGGAGGACCUCUUUGCCCAAAAAGACAUGGAGGAGGCUGAGCUGCGCAGUUGGAUUGAGAAGCUCCAAGCGCGAUUUCAGGUCUGUGGUUUGGAUUCUCCGCAGCAGCUCCAGGCAGUGCUCGAGUCUCUAGUGAUGAAGAAACAGAGCCUCUGUGAGAUGCUCCAGUCGUGGAACAGCAGGCUGCAAGACCUGUUCCAGCAGGAGAAAGGCCGCAAGCGUCUGUCAGUCCCCCCGAGCCCAGGCCGUCACCGGCAAACCGCUGCUGAUGACAGCAAGAGCACCCUGGACUCCUCACCACGUAACCCCUCGCCGGUGGUGCAGAAUGGCGACAAAGAGGACCGUCUCCUCAGUACACUGCCCUCCACAUCCUCCUCCUCGACUGCGUUGCUGUCGCCCGGGGAACCUGGAGCCGAGCCGAACACGCCCGGCCCUUCCAUCAUAGAGCCGGACUCUGUCAGCAUCCCAGAAGACGUGUUUGACGGACACUUGCUGGGUUCCACUGACAGUCAGGUGAAGGAGAAGUCUACAAUGAAAGCUAUUCUGGCAAAUUUUCUGCCGGGCAACAGCUACAACUCUAUUCCCUUUCCAUUUGACCCAGACAAGCAUUACCUGAUGUAUGAACAUGAACGGGUACCCAUUGCCGUGUGCGAGAAGGAGCCAAGCUCCAUCAUCGCCUUUGCGCUCAGCUGCAAGGAAUACAAAACAGCUCUCGAUGAGUUAUCCAAGAUGUCCAACGCAGGAGCGGACGAGGUGUCACAAGCCAACAGCGGAGAGAGCCGAGCCAAGGGCAGCCCCGCCAGGCUCGGCGAUUCAUCCAUGCAGAGUCGCAACAGCUCAGAAGCCGACCCGUCCAAGGAUGCUGAUGUGGCCGAUAAUCAAAAGAAGCAAUCUCAGAAUCCCCAUAUCGAACUGCAGUUCUCAGACGCCAACGCCAAGUUCUACUGUCGGAUAUACUACGCGGACGAGUUCCACCGGAUGCGGGAAGAGAUCUUGGAGAGUGCUGAGGAGGAUUUCAUCCGCUCGCUGUCUCACUGUGUCAACUGGCAGGCACGUGGCGGAAAGUCUGGAGCGGUCUUCUAUGCCACGGAAGAUGACCGCUUCAUCCUGAAGCAGAUGCCCAGACUGGAAGUCCAAUCCUUCCUGGACUUUGCUCCCCACUACUUUACCUACAUCACCGGCGCUGUGCAGCAGAAGAGGCCGACUGCUCUGGCGAAGAUUCUCGGCGUUUAUCGCAUCGGUUACAAGAACUCUCAGAACAACACUGAGAAGAAACUGGACCUGCUUGUGAUGGAAAACCUUUUUUAUGGACGCAAGAUGGCUCAGGUAUUCGACCUAAAGGGCUCGUUGCGAAACCGCAACGUGAAGACGGACUCGGGCAAGGAGAGCUGCGAGGUGGUGCUGCUGGACGAGAACCUGCUCAAGCUCAUCUACGACAACCCCCUGUACAUCCGCUCGCAUUGCAAGUCGGUGCUGCGCGCCGCCAUUCACAGCGACGCCUACUUCCUGUCCAGCCACCUCAUCAUCGACUAUUCGCUGCUGGUGGGACGCGACGACACUACCGAUCAGCUAGUGGUCGGGAUCAUCGAUUACAUCAGGACUUUCACUUGGGAUAAAAGGCUGGAGAUGGUCGUCAAAUCCACUGGAAUUCUCGGAGGUCAAGGGAAGAUGCCUACAGUCGUGUCGCCCGAGCUGUACCGCGCCCGAUUCUGCGAGGCCAUGGACAAAUACUUUCUCAUGGUGCCCGACCACUGGACUGGAUUGGGUGUCAACUGUUGAGCAGGACACACCCCUGGGAUGCUUGAAAACAAGGUUCAACAUUUCAUGUAAGCUGGGAGCAUUUUAUAAAAUUGUAUUUACCAACAGACGAGCAUGUCACCAUUCCGUACAACACAAGCGAUAUUCCAGAUUUUUUUUUUUUAAUGAGUGCACUAUUGUGGAAAUCAGUCAUUAUUUUAUCUUGUGGACCGUUGAUGAUGCUGUCAUAGUUUACUACUGUAAUUUAAAGUUUGAAUAUGUACAGAGAUUAUGUAACUAUUAAAACAUUGUUAACAUUGA